AUUUUUAGUCUCUUGUAUUUUAAACGCGGUGAUAACAAUGCUCCGUUAGGAAAAAUCGAUAUCCACGUGUGUAUUAGCAAAAUUGCUAUUAAAAACUACCGAUAAGUUGAUCCGUUAGCACGCUCUCAGCGAAAAACGGUUCAAAUCGAAUCGACGUCAAAUCUAUAUUGAUUCGAUACUUAAUUUCGAUGUAUUUCGAUAUCGAUUGAACGUCAAUUUGACGUGGAUUCGAUGUUCACUUCUCGCCGAGUUAAACAUCGUUUUAAGCGCGUUCGGAAUACGGACUCUUGGUCUACGUGAGAAAAGUCUGUGAAAAUGUCACGCAGACAAUACGUAAAUUAUUUAUAUGGACGUAAGCUUGAAAUCUGGGGCAUGAGUCUUAUUUUAAAUUUAAAGUAUCGCGAUAACAAAAACUCCAAAUACUUAUCCAUCAACACGACAAACUUCAUUGGACACUAGGUAUGUGCUGCAGAAUUAACAUAACCUCAUUCUAAGACUUCACCACGAACCGGAAAACUCGCGAGGAAUCAAUUUCAAUGAUACCAUGUAAAUAUCGAUAUUAUCAAUCGCGGAUGAGAAUUCAUUCGAUGCAAUCCCGCUGUUAUUCACCGAAGGGCAACGUCUCCCUUCCUUGCCAGACCCGCUGCAUGCGCCGCGAGAUGGCGGCUGCGGCAGCUCCUGCUGCUGGUGCCACCGCCCUUCGCGACCUCGGUAGACCUCGGCCCUGCGGCGCGUCCGCACGCACGCACGUACGCAACGGGACGCGACGUCGUGACGCGCCGCAAGCUAACGGAAGCGAGGAGCGGAUUGAGCGCCACUGCGCUGUAUCGCGCGUAAUUCGCGCUCAGACAGCAACGCCGGAGAGUCAUCGGUUGGCUGCCCACCGUAGAGCGCGGAACGCCGUGAGAGAGAGAGCGAGUGGGUGUGCGCGAGCGGACGAACGUUGGUGUGUAACACGGCGUGCAUGUGUGCGCGCGUGUGUGAUGGGUCUGAUUCGGGGCUCUCGUAAGCGCUCGAUGGUCGAGCAUCGUCGGCGCGCACACGUCGCCGCACCUACGUCGGGCGGCGCCGCGAGAUCGGCCGCGAGCACCGCCACCCAUUAAACGGGACGGAUCCCCGCUCGUCGUUCUCCGUCUCGCGACGAAGACGCGAGAGAUAUAUCAGCCGACGGAAGUGGUGCCGGUGCGGAAGUGUGUUGUCGGUGUUCAGUGAUCAAUGAACUCUGCCUGAGCGCGUGCUGGCCGAGGCGUGCUGGCAGCGGAGCGCGCAUCAACGGCGGCGAACAUGAUGACAUAAUACGGAUUUAUCGAUCGAAUUCUUUUCGAGAGAGAAAUAGAAAGAAAGAAAGAAAGAGAGAGAGAGAGAGAGAGAGAGAGAGAGAGAGAGAGAGUGCACGUAUUAACAGUCGCUUCGUAAAAUAAUAGGUGACCGAAAAUGAAUGAUAUAGAAGGUUUUGGCAUGAAAGGAACAAAGAUGCCUCACAGUCAUUCUACACCAGCUGGUGUGGAUGGAGGUAGUAGAACACCUCCAGCGACACCACGGAAAGCUGGGAAAAUGCUCGCAGUACGUGUACAGAUGUUGGAUGACAGUAUUACAAUGUUCCAAGUGCAGGCCAAGGCACUAGGUAGAGUGUUGUUUGAUCAAGUUUGUAAGCAAUUGCAUCUUUUAGAAGCGGAUUACUUUGGUCUUGAAUAUCAAGAGCCGAACUUAACGAGAUAUUGGUUGGAUUUGGAGAAACCGGUGUGCAGACAAGUCGGUUUGUCUCUAAUCGAUCCUCUAUUGAGGUUCUGUGUUAAAUUUUAUACGCCAGAUCCUGCACAACUCGAGGAGGAGUUUACAAGAUAUUUAUUCUGUCUACAAAUCAAACGGGAUUUAGCUCAAGGUUUACUGCAAUGCAAUGAUAACACAGCAGCAUUGAUGGCCAGUUAUAUCGUUCAGGCUGAAUGCGGGGACUAUGUGAUAGAAGACUAUCCAGACCAUACAUAUUUAUCAACAUAUAAAUUUGUGCCUCACCAAGAUCAAGAGUUGGAACGACGUAUUAUGGAGAAUCAUAAGAAACAUGCAGGCCAAUCUCCUGCAGAGGCAGAUCUCAACCUCUUAGAGACAGCUCGGCGUUGCGAACUGUACGGAAUGAAAAUGCAUCCAGCUAAGGACCAUGAAAACGUUCCGCUAAAUCUAGCAGUGGCACAUAUGGGGAUCGUGGUUUUUCAAAAUUAUAAUAAAAUCAAUACAUUCAGUUGGGCCAAAAUCAGAAAAAUCAGUUUCAAACGGAAACGUUUUCUAAUCAAAUUGCAUCCUGAAGGUUACGGUUAUUACAAGGACACGGUCGAAUUUUUCUUUGAGGGACGUAAUGAGUGUAAAAACUUUUGGAAAAAAUGCGUAGAAAACCAUGGUUUCUUUCGUUGCUCCGUAGUGAAAAGAGUCGUAAGGCAGAAGACCAGAGUGCUUAGUCGUGGAUCGUCGUUCAGGUAUAGCGGCAAGACUCAGAAACAAAUCGUCGAAUUUGUUCGGGACAACUACGUGAAGAGGCAAACGUUUCAAAGGUCCAAUUCGUUCCGGCAGACUAGCGGUGGUAGGGCAUUGCAGGGCUCGGAGGGGGGAGGCUAUCGUGGGGCCACUCCAAGCAGCUCCCUUAUGGGCAGCUCCAGCAUCUCUGCCCACCCCCUCCUGCCCCUCGGCGAUCCUGCCCUGGCAACCCCAGCUCUGUCUCUGUCAUGCGGCUCGAUGACACUGGAUUCUCCGACGACUGUGACGAGUGUCUCGAUGGGCGGGACGAUUCACCGUCGAGAAGACACAGCUACGUCAUUUCGGACGCUCACCUCUAUCGACGUCCAUUCGCCAGCUACCCCCAGCCAGGUCCCAGCACCGCGGCAGAUGCAUGCUACCAGUCAACAACGGAUUUCAUCAACAGGUCGUAUCAGCCCCUCUAACAGCAGUCCCCCUGAAUUCCCACCACCACGACCUCUGCCCAGACACCCCUGGCAACGGUCGGCUAGUUGUCGCGAGCUGUACGCUUCUAGUUUCGAGGAUUCCGGUAAAGCGCGACCGCGGGACGACAAGGUCGCCGCGCCGUCGGAGCCUCCGUUAGAGCCAUUCCAAUUGCCCUCGCAGGGCGAGCUAGAUAACCCCGUGACACGUUACGACGAGAGCAAUCGUUCGUAUAGCGCCGCUAGUUCGAAACUACCCUCAUUAGAUCACGAUUCUGUCCCCGAGCGUGUGUACAGCAGUUCCUACCCGGGAACGUCGUCGUUGUCUACCGAAUCGGGUCAUGAGGAAUCGGGCCCAGCCGGGGAUCUGUCGCACGACGAUCUCUCGCACGAUUCUUACGAGCUUUUGGAACGCGAGCACGAAUUCGAGUAUCCGGAGUCGUAUUCUAGCCCGCACGACGAGCCGAUAUCCGACCAGAGCGACGAAGGGAUCGAGCACGAGAUGUUCCAAAUGGACUCUGAGACCGAUUCCUUCGUCAAGCACAGAUCGUCGAGAGCGACGCUCGAGAAACAGCACAAGCCCGCGCUCGUUGAGAACCUUAAAAACGCGAGAACGAAGUCCAUCGAUCGGUACUCAGCCAAGUCGGACGGUGAUUACAUUAUCACCGAGUCGAGGAUACAGCGGUCGGGCACGCAGAUAGAACGCAAGUUCGAGACGCGUCACGCCAAUUCCGUGGAACAGCCGUCGAAGACGGCGGUUCCGCAUCAGGACUCCGUGAUCCUGCAGGUGCAGAAGCAAAAGAUUUCGCUCCUGAACGAGCUGAAGAGCCUAAAGCCCAAGUACAAGAUCACCCACGUCGACUCGGAGGUCCUGAGGGACGAGGGUAUCAUGCGCCCCAAGUCGCGCAUAGACGACGACCUCAGCCCGGUGGACGGCGCGAGGGGUAGGACGACCAGGGCGCGCAGCAUCGCCAGCUUGGAGGAUCACGCGCCGCGCGCGCACGUCGAGACGGGUAGCUUGGGUCGCGGCCACAAGUCCAGGAAGUCGCCGGACGCGAAGGUCGAGAAGGAGCGCAAGCGGCUCGAGAGGGAGUGCCGGCGGGCCGAGCUGCGCCGGAGCAUCGAGAGGAGCUACGACCACCUGCUGCUGGAGAAGAGUGCCUUUUAUCACAAUGAUUUCUACGAGAUGCGCGGCAAGAGCGUCGACCGCCUGGACUCUCAGGGCUUGCGCGUCGACUCGCGGAAGAGCAGGGCGGCCUCGAUCGACUACGAUCAGAGGCACACCUUCGACUCGAAGGAGCAGCGGAGGAUGAGCGCGGAGAGGCUGGACUCGCCUAAGUCCACCUUCGACUUCGACCCGCGCGCGAUCGAGCGUCUCAAGUCGCUGGAGCGUUACGACCACCGGCCGAAGAAGCUGGACUCGCGGAAGCACCGGCUGGAGUCGCGGGAGGGCAGGAGCCUCGAGUGCCUGGACUUCGACGGCGCUGAGCGCAGGAGGAGCAGCAGGAGCAAGCCGGAGGAGAAGCCGCGGGAGCGCGACGACUGGAAGAGCCUGGAGAGGGCGCGGAAGGACGACGAGAGGCGCGAGCGCGAGCGCCAGGCGAAACUGGUGACGACCGCGGCGGAGGUCGACGAGGAGGCCUUCCCCAAGGCCGCCGUGUUCGCCGAGUACGAGCCCAAGAUCGUCGGCGGCGUCGUCCUCGGCUUCGACGAGACCGCGCCGCCCGGGCACACGCCGGUCGAGCGCACCAAGAGCGACCCGAACCCCGCCCGGCAGAGACUCGGCUCGAACAGCAAACGGCACGUGCUGAUGCAUCAGAAGUCCAUCGACCUGACCCCGGCCGACUCCGGCGACGAGGAGCCGUUCUCCGACAGCGCGGCCAUGCAGAAGCCCAACAACGUCGACAUUCCGUACACGCUGCACAAGAGGCACGUGAUGAACGGCACCGCGUCCGACGAGAAGUCCGAGUCGGACAGCAGCAGGACGACCACCUCGAGGAACGUCAAGGCGAAGGAGCUGCCGAAGCUGCCGCUGAAGAUGGUCACCGACAUCUCGUACUUCGAUCUGACCAAGCUCGCCUCGACAGACAAGCCCGGCAAUAAGCUGUCCCCGGAUAAAGCGCCGCCGAAGAGCGUCACCGCCGUCAGACCGAAGUCCAUCCUGAGCCCUUCGGACAAGCCGAGGAGCAUCCUCAGCCCGACGUCGAAGCUUUCGCCCACCGAUCCGAAGAGCAUCGUCUGCGGUCUGUCGCCCAAUCGAAGCCCCUCGAAAGCGAAGACUCAGCUCUCCGACAGGCUGUCGCAGUCGUUGGACCGGAGCAGGGCGGAGGUGAUAAUCGAGGAUUAUACGUGCAAGAAGUCCUCGAGCCUGGACAAGAAACCGUCCAAGUUGUCGCCGGUCGAGCCGAACGUCACCAUCAUCUCGACGCUGGAGAAACGCUCGCCGAAGAAGUCGCCGACCGAGCCGAACGUGACCAUCGUCUCCGUGAUACAGAAGAAGAAGGACGGUGCGCCGAGAAGUCCCACCAACGUCGCGAAGGCGGUGGACGUUAAGCUGAAGGCCGCCCUGAACUUCGCCGAUGUCGUCGGCAUGGAGAUCAAGCAGAACCUGGAGCGCCGGGCGAAGGCCGAGAAGGACAGCCUGAAGAUGCCGGACGACAGCCUGGAGAAGCAGGACAGCAUCGAGAAGAUACCGCUGCCGGAGAUACCGGCCGUUGAGACGGCCGAGCAGCCGAAGCGAGCCGUCGACGACUCGUCCGACGACGACCGCAAGCGGGAGAGCGUGCUGCAGUCCGUGGUGGCCGAGGUUCACAUCUCGGCCUCGAUCAAGCCGCCGAUUCCGGAGAAACCGAAGACGCUGGAGAAGCCGAGCAUACCGGAGAAGACGAAGCGCAUCUUGGAGAGGAUAGAGUCGAGAUUCUCGGAAGUCAGCAAGAACUCCGCAACGAAGAUCUCGCGGCCGAAGAUCAUCGAUACGGGAUUCGACGAUUUCGUCGACCCGGUCGCUGACCUGCCUUUGGACGAAGUGCCUGUGAAACCCGCUCUAGAGUUGGAUAGCCUUAAAGUUCCUGAAUUCGUACCCUUCAUGCUGAGACCGCACGCGGAGCCGUUAAGAUCCAAGUCCCUGUCGCUGGCGGAGGAGAAGGCGCCGAUCGACACCCUGCUCUCGCCCGAGAUGGAGAACAAGCAUUUCGUGCAGGACGUAUCUCCGAAGAGGGUGAGGAAGGUCAAGUCCGAGCCGAAGAAGGACUUCAAGAAACAGUCCAAGUCGCUGGAGGGUGACAAGCCGCCGCUGAAGAAGGCCGCGUCGAAGGAGUCGCGCGCCGCGCCGGUCAGCACGAAGAUCGACAAGUCCAAGCUGAAGCUCGGCGAGAUGCCGCAGGAAAUCAUAAUAAUCGACUCGACCGACGUGGCGCCGGAGAUAAGCAUCGUGCAGAAGGGCAGAUCCAAGUCCGUCACCAGGCUGUCCGACAAGCCGUUCUCGACGUCGAAAGAGGAGAAGGAGGACGCGAAGAGCACGCGCGCCAAGUCCGCCUCGGUCGACGACGACCUGAUCAAAGGCGCGGUGAGGACCGAGAGGUCCAGGCCCAAGUCCCUGGGAAUAUCGAAGAGCCUGGGCAGCACGGAGAAGAAGGACUCGGUCGAGAAGAUAUCCCCGAAGAGAAGCAUCGCCGCUAAGUCGGCCGAGUCGAAGGACGCGAAAGUGGUGGCGCGCGGUAAAGCGAGGCCUGAGGAAGCCGCCAAACCGUGCGUCAAGCCCGACGUGGUGGUGAUCGGUCAGCAGCCGGUGGAUGUCGACGGAUCCAAGGAACCGACAAGCCUGAAGAAGACGGCGCUCGUUCAGGAUCAGUCGCCACUGACGGUGCUGCGCAAACCCGGGCAGACGCCGAUACUGUUCGCCCGCGCGCGUCUCGGCCUCUCCGAGGGCAGCGGCAUCGGGGCGCUUCAGCGGCAAGGCGCCACGCAGUCGCCCACCGCCCAGCGACGCGCCAAGUCCUUGGACGCCGCGGUGAUCUCCGUGCACCGGCUGCCGCCGGCGAACGCGUUCUCCAGCAAGGACGACACGGUGUCGGAGAACAUGGAGGAUCGGGAGAACGCGGCCGCCGCGCAGCAGGCGAAGGUGCAGUCGAUGCAGAUGGAGGCCUCGCCGAAUCACAAGUCCGACAGCACCGACCACACCACCGUGCCGGAGAUCUGCACCGAUUCCUUGUCCGUUACCGAGACCUCGGCGCAGUACCUGGAGUCGCCGCUGACCGAGUGCAACGAGAUCGUGCCGAGCGUCGACCUGAUACCGUACGAGCUGGAGCGCGUGCCGCUGAAGAUCGCGGAGAGCGCCAGGGUGGCGGACGAGGAGGCGACCAAGUUCAUCGACCAGAGCUCCGCCGAGUCCGGCGCGGAGCCGCUGGUCACCGACGCCGCCGAGCUACCGGCGACUGCUGCCGUCGAGAGCGAAAGCUCGAGAGCUCCUCCUUCGGAAACGCAGCUCACCACCGCCGAGGACUCCGAGAGGGACGACGUUCUCCCUGACGUGACCAUCAGCGUGGUCAGGGAGGACGACGAACCCUUCCUCGGGAAGCGUUACGAUCAGGACGAGCCUCCGGAGAUGGUGAGGUCGCCGAUACAGAUAUCCAUCGAAGAGUGCUCCGACGACGAAGUGAAUCCGGAGGAGGAGGAGGAGAACAAGCGGCUGGACUCGCUCGAUACGAGCGAGGACACGCUCGACGCGCUCGACACGCAGGUGCAGACGCGAGGCGUCGACAGUGAGAUGAGCUCGCCCGACUACGGCGUCGACAGGAUGGACGAGAAGACCUUGGUCGAGGUGGAGUUGACGCCCGAGUACCUGGAGAUGAGGAGGGAGGACGAGGAGGCGACGGAGGAGCUGCCAGAGGACGAGCCGGCGGCCAAGGAAGCCAAUCGUCUCCUGUCCAUCGACAGGAAACUCCGGCUGAGCACCGAGCGCUCGAGAAGCGAGGAAACCAACACUUGGACGCCCGACAGGGAAGACCCGGACUCCAGUUCGUGCUCCAUCGCGCGGCCCUUGGGGAUCGGGCAGAUACAGCCGAUCAUCGACCGGCGGGAGAUCGCGAUGAUCGAGGGCGCGCGCAACAGCGGUUCCUUGGAGGAGGACGUGAGCAACAACGGGGGCUCGCAGCCCCCCCCGUUGAAGCAAGAGAUGAGCUCCACGUGGAAGUCCUUCCCGCUCGAGAGCUCCGGUAGCUCCAGUCUGGAGGAGGGCUGGGCGCCCCAGGACGAGAACAACGCGCAGCAGUCGCAGAGCGAGGACAGCAACGGGCAGAACGAGGACAGCUUCCAGGAGGACCUCGCGGACUUCCCCGGCACCUUCAUCUACCCGAUCGGGCCGGAGAUCCUGGCGAACUACGGCGCGUUCUCGCUGUCGCGCACCUUGUCCAGGAUAUCCGAGCGGUCGACCACGUCGGAACAAGACAAGAGCGACCUGGAGGACUCCUUCAAGCCUAGCUCGAGGUCGCCGAGCAUCGACGACGAAUCUCUGAUAUCGAGCGACCAUCAGCCGUCCCUGUCGUCGGACCCGCCGUCCGGCACGGCGUUACCGUCCGUCUCGGACGACCGCAGGACGUCCUCCGAGUUACCGGACAUCCCCAUCGACGUGGUCGGCGCUCAGGAGGACGACUCGAAGUCGCCGCGGGCGAACAGGCGGUCGCGGCUGCAGCCGCAGAGCUCCGAGGACUGGCCGUCGCCGCCGAGCUCGCCGGUCUUCGACACGCCGGUGGUGAGCCACGUGGAGACCUUCUAUAUGGAGAUCAAGCCGGAGGAGGCGGUGAAGGUAACCGUGACCGACAGCACCGAGACGCCGCCGGCCCAGCCGGACAGCGACUCCAGCGACGAGAACAGAACUCUGCACGACGAUCUGCACUCGACCCUGCUGGAGGACGGGCAAAGCUCGACCUCCGCGACGGUCGACGGUACGGUGAAGAUAGCGGUGAAACCGAAAUCGAACUCGUACAUAACCGGCUCGUCGCACAGCGAGGACACCUCGAUGGGCCUGUCGAUGUCCGAAUGGUCCAGCUCGAACAACACCGUGCGCCAGUUCUGCCAGUACUCCGGCACCAAGUCUGACGACAACUCGUUGGCGGAACUCGGCGCCUCGAUCUCCGAUUGGUCGGGCAGCACCACCGUGAUACCGCAGCAGUAUUACUCGACGAUAGCCGCGGACAAGAGCCAGAGCGACACCACGACGUCCGACAGGAGCGCGACGAGCAUGAGGCCGAACUCCAAGUGCCAGACCGCCGACAGUUCCUCCCUCCCGUCACCGCCCUCCCCGUCCUCCUUCCCACUGCCGCUCUCGCCAGCGCUGCCUUCCCCCCCGGCGACGGCCGCCUUCCAGUUCGAAGGUGGCGAGGCGGCACCUCCUCUCGACGGCCCGGCUCGCGGCGACGAGUUCGACGAGGCGCGGCGCUUCAUCGAGAGCCAGUUCGACGAGCACCGUCGGCUGCGCCGCUACGAGGACGAGCAGCAGGCCGCCGACAUCUCGCCGCCUCGCAUCACCCUGCGAAACGAGUACGACGAGGCGAUCGACGACGACGACGAUUUCCAGAUGAUCGCGGACGAGGAGACGAUCUGCGCGGACGACACCGCCUUGCCGAUUCCCGAGGAGGACGAGGAGGAUCAGCUGUACGACAACGUGCCCGCCAUGAAGUACUCGAGUUGCGACAAAGUGCGGAUGGAGGUGGGCCGCGGCGACAGUUCGGAGGACAUGCACGAGAAGUACGCGGACCUGACGCUGCAGCCGAGGAUGGAGGACGACUGGUCGUCCGAGGAACGCAAAGAGAUGAUGACGAAGCCGGCGAGGCGCGCCGGCAAGUUCGACCGCGGCUUCUCCGAGCCGAGUCCGCACGAGUCGGCCAGGUAUCAGGGCACCAGGUCGACCGAGCGACCGGUCGUCGUGCCCAUCCGGGCGAAAUCUACCCCGUAUUACUCGACGACGAGCCUGAGCGGCGAAUCGACCACCUCCAGCCCGCCCAUGCAGAUCCGCACGCAGAUACGAACGAAGACGAUGCCGUACUCGUCGAGUCGCAGCCCGCAGAGCGAGGGCGACACCUCCUCGAGCAUGGACAGCCCGGCGCACACGCCCGACCGCGGCCAGAGGGCCUUCCGCCGGAAACGGCAGCAGAACGUCAAGAGACGGCACCGCGUGGCCGUCGACCUCGAGAUCAAGGACGGCCACAUAGUCUCCAGCACGGAUUCCAGCUUCGACGUGGCGACCAUACCGCCGCCCCUCCUCACGGAGGCUCAGAGCCUCGACGUGGAUGACGACGAGGACGACGACGAGAUGUCCGAGACGAAGGACGAGAGGGAACGACGUCGUCAGCAGCGUUGACACGCUGCCGACCAGCGACCAGCCAGACACUAACGCUCGAGAGAGAGAGAGAGAGAGCUGAAGUAGAAGAAAUCAUAGGCCAGGCUUUGCAGUCGCGCGUGGAAUUGAGCGCACACGUAGAAUUGAUAGACUCACCCAGCCGUUCUUCGUCGAACAAACAAACAAAGAAGCAAGCGAGCAAACGCGAGCAAGCGUGUACAUGUGUGGGCACUCUCAUUACCCGCUGCACGGAACGCAGGUUUCACCAGGGAGGAUUCGCGAACUACGUAGUGACCACUCGACCUUUGCAAGGAGGCGCGCGGGUGAUCUUGUUCCGACGACGAGGGCGAGCUCUCGGCGGUCGCGCGGCAGUCGGGAUCGAGAGUUUAUACGGAUGUCGAAGCCGAAAAGCAGGAGAUAUCUAAUCAACGGGAGAACAAUAAUUCUGUGUACGCCGCCGAGAAAUCCCCGGAUAAGCGAA